CAUGAACAUUAAGAAUAGGGAGAGCAAGUACUUCUCAAAAGCGGCGAAUAGAUUCUACAUUGGAGGCUCAGGUCAGAAGCGAGUGCCAAAAAAUACGCAAAGCAUGCCCUUCAUGAUGGCGAAAAAUAAAAAGAGAUCUAAUCAUAAAAAUCUUGUAUCACGUGCCCAAAAUUUGCUGAUGGAGAAGGCAUCAACUCAGAAAUCGGUAGAAAAACUUGUUAGAAAAUAAGCAGAGAAGAGAACACUCAGCCAGCCAGAACUACAAGACUGUCCAGUCUGCAGUGAGUCGUCCAAGAUACGACUCAGUCUCUUCGAUGAGGUCUGAGAGACCAUCCUUCAAGAAGCUUGAACAAAUCACCUGCAACGAUGACCCUGAAGAAAUCUCACCUGAAAGAUCUCCAAAGCAGACCAAACAGAGGCAUUUCAGUAUGAAUGGAAGAAACUCCAGGAAGUUGAACAAACAGUAUAAUAGCUGCACUGAAAAGCCUAGACUCCCCUCAGCUCAUGAUGCGAAGUGGGAUCAGGCCCUCAAGAAGCAAAAGUGAGAGACUCUUGGUUAUUUCAUAAAUUGUGCUUCUGAAAUGAUGAAACAAAAUCCUUUAGCUUCUCUCAAGGGAUCUGUAACAAGCUCGUUUGGGGAAACUUCUCCGAUGUUCUCUACUCCCAAGCAAGUGAAAGGUAGAAAUUGGAACCAACCUCCUUUGAACCCCAUUAAAUCGCCAUGAGUCAAAACUCAGAGAGAUGUCAGAGAAUCUGAAGAGUCUUUGUUGUGUUCACCACACAGAAAUACAAACAGAAAGACCAAGAGAGUACCUUCGACUAGUAGUACCUUUAAAAAGUGUGAUACUGGGUACUCAGAAACCCUCCAAAACACUUGCCCAAGGAAGUCUCAUCACCUCAAGCGUGUGUCUUGAUUGACCAAUGGAACUAAAAUCAAGACCCAAUGUACUGAUGCUAGUGAGCUAGCUGAGUUCAUCGAGCUGGAGGAUCAGUGCAGAAGGAGCCUUCAAAACCCUCCCAAAAAAUGAACCUCUAAUGCUUUCAGCUUGAAAAAGAGGACCAAAUUUCACUCAAAAGAGGACAGUAAAAUGAGUACCAUAACCGAACCAAUUAUGGUUAAAAACAUCGGAGAAAAGGCAAAAGUACGAAAAACUGCUUAUAAAGUCCUAGACCUUGCUGCUUGCCCCAAAUACCAAAAGAGUACUUCCAAAUCACAUCUAAAACCCAGCUUGAAGAAGGGACUAAGCAGUGGAGCUAAAAAGAGCAAAAGAGCUCUAAAGAACCCUCCUUUGGCCAAAAAGAUGGCCAUAACAAUCUCAAAGAAUAAUGAGAUUAUUUAUUGGUAA